AUGCUUUUGGGUCUGGUUGUUGGUUUUUAUGGCUGUAAACUAAUUUUGUGUCUCUCUCCCUCUCUUUUUGCAGCUGAGCCAGCCGAUCUUCUAAAGAUUUUAGAUUUUCACAGUUUGCCGGAGGGUGUAACGAAAACUACAGGCUUCUGCACACACCGGAAGUCGUCAAAAGGGCCUGAUGUCGCCUACAGGGUCACAAAAGAAGCACAGCUUAGCGCUCCUACUAAACAACUCUACCCCUCGUCCGUGUUUCCUGAGGACUUCUCCAUCUUGGCGACGGUGAGGCCGAACAAAGGCAGUCAGUCUUUCUUGCUGUCGGUGUAUAACGAACAGGGGAUCCAGCAGCUCGGUCUGGAAGUGGGACGCUCCCCUGUUUUCCUGUAUGAGGAUCACUUGGGCAAACCCGGCCCGGAGGACUACCCGCUCUUCAGAGGGGUCAACUUGGCAGACGGAAAGUGGCACCGUGUGGCGAUCAGUGUUCACAAACAGAGCAUCACUCUGGUUUUGGACUGUAAGAAAAAGGUGACACGGACGUUAUCCAGAAGCCCUCACCCCAUCAUCGACACUAAAGGCAUCGUGGUCUUUGGGACGCGUAUCCUGGAUGAGGAGGUGUUUGAGGGUGACAUCCAGCAGUUGAUGAUUGUAUCGGACUAUCGCGCUGCGUUUGAUUACUGUGAGCACUACAGCCCCGAUUGUGAGGUUCCUGCACCUGAACAGCACCAGAACCAAGACCCAAACACUGAUAAAGAUAACACAGAGGAUGACAACUACUAUUACGAAUAUCCCUACUAUGAGGACAUGGACAACGAAAAGAGGGAAGAAACGACAACCGAUGACACGACUGGAACCGAAAUUGAAGACCUAACGGUGUCUGUUCCGGAUAGCGGUCGCGUGGUUACAUCGGUUAUCAGUAGUGGAACAGGCGGCUCCAGCAGUUCCUCGAGUAGCUCCUCGUCCUCCUCUUCUUCAUCCUCUUCAUCCUCCAGCUCUACCACGACUACUGGCGAGGAACCGUACGACGGCUACGAUGGAUAUGAGACUGGAUAUGAAACAUAUUAUGACGAGUCGACCUCGCCGCCUGACGGCUCCCGGACCAUCAGCAUCACUAGCACAGGCACAGGUACCGGCGGAGAAGUGGAUAUCGGACUGGGCAGUGAGGUGGAUUUGGGACUGGGAGGAGACCUGGACAGGCGGAUCAUUACAUCAUCAUCAUCAUCGUCGUCGGCGUCAUCAUCAGGAGGAGGAGGAAGUGGAAGAGUGCACUCAACUGUCACAGUCAUUCACAAUGGAACGUCUGGCUCUGUUUCCAGCUCCGGCUCUGGCACCGGCUCUAGCACCAGAAUCAGUACUAGCUCCAGCUCCAGCUCUGGAGUCAGCACCGGCUCCGGCUCCAGCUCCAGCUCCAGCUCUGGAGUCAGCACCGGCUCCAGCUCCAGCUCCAGCUAUACCUCGGUGGAUGGUGGUUAUGAUGAUACCCAGUACGGCGAGGGUUUGACCUAUGGAGAGGGAUAUGAAGAAGGAUACGGAGAGGGAGAUUAUACCGUGGAAGGAGGUGGUAGCAGCAGCAGAACUUCAGUGUCCGUAGGGGGCGGGUCUGUUUCUGUAGGAGGCGGAUCUGUUUCUGUUGGAGGCGGGUCUGUUUCUGUUGGAGGCGGAUCUGUUUCUGUUGGAGGCGGGUCUGUUUCUUCAAGUGGCUCAGUUGGGGGCGGAUCCAGCAGUGCUGGGGCCAGUGUGGGGGCGGGGUCUGUUGCCACCGGUGGACAGGGAGGAAUCGGUGGAGAGGCAGAUUCCAUCGAUAUCGACAGGUUCAAGGAGGAAUCCAUCACGGAUUACACUGACGCAGAACUGGAGAAGAUGUAUGACUAUGAUGACCUGUACACCGACGGUGACAAAGCACUGCCCGCAGAGACCGACGAGGGCUACGGACAGGUGGAUGGACUGAGGGGAGAGAAAGGCCAGAAAGGAGAGCCUGCCAUCAUUGAACCCGGAAUGCUUGUCGAAGGCCCACCUGGUCCAGAGGGUCCCACAGGUCUCCCCGGUCCUCCAGGUUCAACGGGACCCCCAGGUGGUGCUGGAGACCCCGGUGAGAGGGGUCUUCCUGGUCGCCCUGGUCUGCCUGGAGCUGACGGUCUUCCAGGACCUCCAGGGACUGUCCUGAUGUUGCCUUUCCGGAUGAGUACAGGAGGCGACAGCGGACAUAAGGGUCCUGCAGUUUCUGCCCAAGAGGCUCAGAUGCAAGCCAUCAUGCAGCAGGCCAGGCUGGCGAUGAGGGGUCCAACCGGACCCAUGGGUUUAACGGGCCGUCCCGGUCCUCUGGGUCCUCCUGGUGUUCCUGGACUGAAAGGAGAGUCUGGGGAAUCAGGACCUCAGGGUCCUCGUGGUCCACUGGGAUCCCAUGGCCCUCCUGGAAAGCCUGGUAGAAGGGGUCGACCCGGCUCAGAUGGAGCCCGAGGGAUGCCUGGACAGACGGGAUCUAAGGGUGACCGAGGAUUCGAUGGACUCGCUGGUUUGCCUGGAGAAAAGGGUCACAGGGGUGAGACGGGUCCUCAGGGGCCACCUGGGCCUCCAGGAGAGGAUGGAGAAAGAGGCGAUGAUGGUGAGGUCGGACCCAGAGGUCUGCCUGGAGAACCGGGUCCUCGUGGUUUGUUGGGCCCCAAAGGUCCCCAGGGGCCCCCAGGCUCUCCUGGUGUGACUGGUAUGGACGGACAUCCUGGACCUAAAGGAAACAUUGGUCCUCAAGGUGAGCCAGGACCUCCAGGACAACAAGGCAACCCCGGAGCUCAGGGACUUCCUGGUCCUCAGGGAGCGAUCGGACCUCCAGGAGAGAAGGGUCCCACUGGAAAACCAGGCUUACCGGGAAUGCCAGGAGCCGAUGGACCUCCGGGCCACCCGGGAAAAGAAGGACCAUCCGGAGAGAAAGGAAAUCUUGGACCUCCUGGUCCUCAGGGGCCAAUCGGAUAUCCUGGGCCUCGAGGUGUAAAGGCAGUCAGUGUUUGUGAUACAGGUGCUGACGGAGUCCGCGGGCUGAAAGGAGGCAAGGGUGAAAAGGGAGAAGACGGAUUUCCGGGAUUUAAGGGAGAUAUGGGCGUCAAAGGCGACAGGAAAGUGUACUGUAACUUCACAGCAGGUGGAGAGAGCUGCAUCUUCCCUGAUAAAAAGAGUGAAGGGGCCAGAUUCACCUCUUGGGUGAAGGAGACUCCAGGGUCGUGGUUCAGUGAAUACAAACGUGGUAAACUGCUCUCAUACGCGGAUGCGGAGGGCAAUCCGAUCGGAGUGGUCCAGAUGACGUUCCUGCGUUUACUCAGUGCCACGGCUCGGCAGAACCUGACCUACAACUGUUACCAGUCGGUGGCUUGGCACGACCAGGAACUGGACUCUUACGAUAAAGCCAUCCGCUUCCUGGGUUCCAACGAUGAGGAGAUGUCUUACGAUAACAACCCGUACAUCCGAGCCGCCGUCGACGGAUGCGCGUUGAAAAAGGGUUAUGAAAAGACUAUUCUUGAGAUCAACACACCGAAAGUGGAGCAGGUACCAUUUGUUGACGUUAUGUUCAACGAUUUCGGCGGAACGACGCAGAAGUUCGGCUUUGAGGUCGGACCGGCCUGCUUCAUCGGCUAAGACUGCUCAGCGAGCAAACGCGAACAAAACAUAUUCAUUUUCUCCGAAUACAAAACACACAAAAGAAAUAGGACGACUUAUUUGUAAAGUUUUGUGUUUCCAAACAAACCCAAUAGAUACCAAAGUAAGGAUAAAAGAAAUUUGAAAAAAGAAUGGAUUUCCAAACAAUGGGUUCUUAUAACAGAGCAACCUUUUUAACCUCGGUGUACACUCUGCAUCACAUGCAAGUUUUGAAACUGGAUGAGGUCAUCAUUCAUGUCUCUCCAAGCCCCGCCCACUUUACGCUCAUCUGACUCUUCGCCCCUCCCACAGGCUGUAUAGACCAAUUAGAUCCAUCCUUUUAUUUCACUUCCUGUUCUUGCACGUCCAGUUCGGCCUUUCUCAUUUGAGAAAUCUUUUCCGUUGGUUUGUUUGCUUGGGUUUUAUGUUGUUCCUCUUUCUACUUCUA